CUGGACUCGGACAGCUGUCUUCAGUCUGGAGGACCGACGUCAUCAUCAUCAGUGUUUGUGUGCUGGUUGUGGAGGAAGAUGGCGGAGGCUGCGGCUGUUCCACCGCAUCGGUUCUUCUGUCACUGUUGUAAGGGAGAAGUGAACCCCAAACUCCCGGAGUAUAUCUGUCCGAGGUGUGACUCAGGGUUCAUCGAGGAAGUAACAGAAGACUCCAGUCUCCUAGAGGGUGUCGCUAACGGGAUAGAUGAUGCAGCUACACAAUUUGCAGAGGUACACGCUGACCUCAGGGAUUUUAGGCUAUGGCACCUGUUGUUACUGGAGCGGCCAUUUACAACAGACGCUGACACACCUGACUCAGAACCUCGGCUCCCAGGAGGGCGCUUGGGGGGUCUCAGUGACCUGGGGGGGUUGGGAGGGGGACCAAUCGGGGGGUCAGUCCCAGCAGGCCUAGGGGGACCUAUGGGGGGUCUACUAGGAGCCGGGGAUCACUGGGGACCAGGACGCCCCCCUCGCCUGCACAGCCAGAGAAGAUACCGGUCCAGAGGCAGCAGUAGACCAGACCGCUCGCCUGCUGUUGAGGGGAUUGUACAACAGUUUCUCGCCGGCCUCUUUGCCAACUCUGGAGUCCCUGGCUCACCUCCCCUCUCAUGGACGGGGAUGCUGCACUCUAACCCAGGGGAUUACGCCUGGGGACAGGGAGGGUUAGACGCCGUGAUAACACAGUUACUAGGUCAGCUGGAGAACACAGGACCUCCUCCAGCAGAGAAAGAGAAGAUCUCUUCUCUCCCAACUGUCAAUAUCUCUCAGGAACAAGCAGACUGCUGUAUGGAAUGUCCGGUGUGCAAAGAGGACUUCGCAGUGGGAGAGCCAGUCAGACAGCUACCCUGUAACCACUUCUUUCAUUCAGACUGUAUAGUACCAUGGCUGGAAAUGCAUGACACAUGUCCAGUCUGUAGGAAGAGUUUGAACGGAGAAGACAGCAGCAGCCAGCCCCCAUCAGAGUCCCCCACUCUCUCCAUGGACCCCCGCACACAGGAGAGAUGGUCCUUCUGAGACACCCACCCGUCUCAUCCCUCGGUUCUCCUCGCCUACAUCCAACAACACACCGAGAAGACAGAGCGCUUCUCACUCUCCUCUUUUUCAUCUCUGUUGCAGUCAUAAUCAUCUCGGUCUGAUCUUUUUUGUAUUUUUAUUUUCUAUUUUAAUGCCUUUCUCCUCAACCAUGUAUACCGAUACCCGUACAGACGUCUUAACAGGUCUGCUAGAUCUCUCUUUUUUUUGCCUCAUAACAAACCAGCCUAUAUUGAUGAUGAUCAAGCCCAUGUCUUCUCUACUUCCACCUCUCAAGCAAACUCCUUUUCCAUCUCUCUUGAAAUGCACUGCUGCAAUACACUAUUGUGGGGAAAUGCCAGACUUUAUAUCAUAAACCACGCCCUCUUUACUCAUCAGACAAUUAGCUAAAUCCUGCAACUGAGCCCUGUACGGGGUUUGGGAAUACUAUAGAGGUUACUUUCAUUCUUUGCAUUUACAGGGUCUGGACCUAACAACAUGAACACCUAUAGCCCUGCAAUAAAUGAUAUGUUUAUGAAGGGGAUAAUGGUUGAGAUUUUGACAGGAAGAUCUUGACUAGUUAUUUAUUCUGGUGGUGUUUUAUUGGAUUGCAUUGUACAGGUGUUCAUGUUAUUGCGUCCACCCUCUGUAGUGUACUUCAAUAACAGUUUUUUAUAGGAUCAUGUUGAGUCGCUGCUGUUUAUCGGCCACAAAUGGAGGCUGUGACAUCGAAUGAAAGCAAAUUCCUUACAAACUUUUGGGGAAUAAAUUAAAUGUCCUACCAGUAAGGGAAUGAAAUUGGCCCAUUAUCUAAACCUACUUCUCCUGGUGUAUAUAUUAUAAACAGAUGGCAUCCCUCUGUCGUUUUAUUCCUCUGUUUAUGACCGUCUUUUGGUUCACAUUUUUUUAUUACUUCUUUUUUUAUGUAAAUAAUUUUAGUCCAACAACUUAUGGUUUGCAAAAGGAAAAAAAAAACAUUGAGAAUGGCGACACAAAUGUGAAAUACCUGGUUAUCGAACUGUAUAUUAUAUAUAUGAAAAAAAUGUCUAUGAUGUAUUAAUAAAUUGACAAAAAAAUGGUCA